AUGGAAAAGGCAAGCAGAGAGCCCCACCUGAAAAAGAAGAAGAAUGGAAGGGCAAGGGAAGGAUUGGGACGGGGUGAGGUGGGGAAGGUGGGUGAGGUGGGGAAGGUGGAGAAGGUGGAGAAGGUAGAGAAGGUAGAGAAGGUGGGUGAGGUGGGGAAGAUAGAGAAGGUAGAGAAGGUGGGUAAGGUGGAGAAGGUAGAGAAGGUAGAGAAGGUGGGUGAGGUGGAGAAGGUGGGGAAGGUGGAGAAGGUGGGGAAGGUGGAGAAGGUAGAGAAGGUGGGUGAGGUGGGGAAGAUAGAGAAGGUAGAGAAGGUGGGUAAGGUGGAGAAGGUAGAGAAGGUAGAGAAGGUGGGUGAGGUGGAGAAGGUGGGGAAGGUGGAGAAGGUGGGGAAGGUGGAGAAGGUGGGGAAGGUAGAGAAGGUAGAGAAGGUGGGUGAGGUGGGGAAGAUAGAGAAGGUAGAGAAGGUGGGUAAGGUGGAGAAGGUAGAGAAGGUAGAGAAGGUGGGUGAGGUGGAGAAGGUGGGGAAGGUGGAGGAGGCGGGGGAGGUAGAGAAGGUAGAGAAGGUGGGUGAGGUGGGGAAGAUAGAGAAGGUAGAGAAGGUGGGUAAGGUGGAGAAGGUAGAGAAGGUGGAGAAGGUAGAGAAGGUGGAGAAGGUAGAGAAGGUAGAGAAGGUGGGUGAGAUGGAGAAGGUGUUGAUGGUUUUGAAGGGAAGGGUUAAAAAAGGAGGAGGGGGAAGGGUUAAGGGAGGAAGCGAUGAGAAGGUGUGA